AUGUCUGUUCACUCCGAGACCGUGAGCCUUGAGACCGUCCGCCGUGGGGAGAUGGGAACCCAUGUUGAAGCCUCGAGUCGGCCUAGCCUCGCUGUAGACAAAGGGUUGUCUGCUUGGCUCUUCAUACUUGCUUCGUUUGUUGCUGAAGCCGUUCUCUGGGGCUUCCCGCUGUCACAUGGCGUCUUUCAAGACUACUACUCAAAACACCCUGCCCUCAAACAUAAUCCAAAUAUUGCCGUCAUUGGAACCGUUACCACCAGUGUCUACUACCUCGGUGGACCACUCGCAACGCCCUUGGCAGCACGAUUCCAGGCAUGGCAACGAUACAUGAUCAUCAUUGGCUGGUCGGGAUGCGCUUUAUCCCUUCUGGCCGCCUCUUUUUCGACUUCAGUGCCUGCACUCAUCGCAACCCAGGGGUUCCUCUACGGUUUUGCCUUUGUAUUCGUCAACUAUCCACUUCUUCGGAUGCUUAAUGAGUGGUUUAUCGAGCGCAGAGGUCUUGCAUACGGAAUCAUGUCGACCGGUGCUGGGUGUAGUGGUGUUGGCUUGCCGUUCCUUCUCGAGUCGCUCCUUGCAAAAUAUGGUUAUCAGACAACGUUACGCGUCAUGGCUGUGGCACAAUUUGUCACCUUGCUUCCCAUGAUCCCUUUCAUCAAAGCACGGCUUCCUGCCUCAAGGCGGGGCACGCUAAAGAAAGGCGAUUUUAAAUUUUUCAAAAGGCCACUGUUCUAUUGCUUUGCCAUGGCCAACUUCCUCGAAGCUCUCGGACACUACAUCCCCGCUCUCUAUCUCCCGACAUACGCAACAUCGUUGGGCUUCUCGGGGACUGUGGGUGCGCUGAUCCUAGCGGCGAACAAUCUAGCCACGAUCUUUGGUCAGCUGGCCCUCGGCUACAUCACAGACCGUGUCAACAACGUGCUCGUUCUCGUCUUCGCCUCCUCAUUUGUUGCUGCCGUUGCGACCUUUUCCAUGUGGGGCUUUGCCUCGUCCCUUGCACCUUUACUUUCCUUCUCAGUGGUGUUCGGACUGGCGACGGGCGGGUUUCCUUGUCUAUGGAACAAGUUCGGAUCGGCCCUCUCAGAAGACCCGGGGCACGUGUACAGUUUCAUGGCCUUUAGUAAAGGUGUCGGCAAUAUUCUGACGGGCCCGAUCUCUGCAUCGCUGGUGAUGGGACCUUUGACACGUGGACAUGUGCAGGGUCAGCACCUUCGGAGUGACCUGCCCCACGACGCGGCAGAAUUUCCAACAUUACAGCAGACGCUGAGCUAA